GUGCAACCGAAAUUCUUGGGCUUUGUAGAUUUUCUUGUGCAUAUUGGCUACACUGUUCAUUGGUGGAGGCUUUGUCUGUCUCAUACAAAUUUAGAAUAUGGGUUGGUAUCUCUCCCUCUCUCUCUCUUUCUCAGUAUGGGUGUGAGGGAGUUGGGAAAAGGGGACAGGAAGGACUUAGUUGUGGCAGUGACAGAUCAUCCACACUCUAAGUACAGGAUAGCAAGCUUUUAAACAUGUUAGCAGGUUAGCAGGCUUCAAGCACACACACUUCAGGGAGAUGAGGGACACACUGUGGAGGGUCAAGCGCCUGUAGCCCAUACCAGUGGGAUUUUGGUCCCAGCGCAAUGACUCUUCACAUAAAAUGAGUGCCGCAUGGCCUGCCCUAGCAUAGUUGGCCAUUUGUUUCAGGGUGUUUCCUUCUUGCCUCCCUCACUGUCCUCCCCUGGGUUGCGAGGCCUUCCAUUGGCUUCUCUUGGUGCACCAAAGGCAGCUCUGUUGGAUGGUAAACAGGCGGUCAGUCUGUACUUCCAGGGACGGAGACAGGCCCUGUACCGACGUGAGCUCGCUUACCGCAACAACAAUAACAACAACAACAACCACAACAACCACCACAACAACAACAGUAGCUCAAGAAAUGGUGAGCUCGACCCUGAGGUCACCCUCCAGUUCCUCAAGUCAGCCAUCUACUACUUCCUCACCGACAAGGACAACUCGAAGGGACACCUGCGCGCCAUUGAGAGCAUCCUGGGCUAUUCUGACAGCGAGAGACACAACAUUGACAAAGUGGUCAAGUAGAGAGAAGAGGGGAGGAGAAGGAGAAGGAGAAGGAGAAGGAGAAGGAGAAGGAGAAGGAGGAGGG